ACAGAGAGAGUAGAAAGGUAUUGCUACAAUCUCUACAUGCAAUUGCGUUCUCCGCUCGUGCUUAGUUACUAGCUCUAGGUUGCUUGUCAGCUUUGGUUUCAGAAGCAGGCUAGCUAGCGUACCCACUGUAUAGCAGGGGUUCAAGGCAUGCGGAGAUUGGGCCUCGUUGGCGCAUCGUGGCUGUCCUACCCGCUUCGCUGGAAUGCAAGUUGACGUCACGCAAACCUCCUUCUGCUGCCAGCUGUCAAGGUGUUUUUGGUUUUUGGUUGGAGUUUCCGUUCCCGUUUGAUUGGUGACUACAAUUAAUAAUUGUCGCCAAACUUCAACAUUGAUGGAGGUGGCAGUGGUGCCUGUCACCAUUCUUUUUCGCAGAACAACCACUCUGGUUGAAACCAUUCGUAUCCUUUGCAACUUCUGUGGGUACCGGUACAAUACUUAGUUGCUGGCAAACUAUCUAGUACCAGUAGCUAGUCUAUUAGAGGCAACCACAGAGACAAAGAGACGUCCAGUUUGUGGAGAGUUACUAAAGCGAGAGCAUUCUUGCAAAACAGGGUAUCGAGCCAGAACCAACGGCUACCAUGCAACGACACAGAUUUCGUCCCGUGGGGGCGGCCACAGUGCUUCUACUAAGUCUGGCAGUUCUUGCAGUGGACGGUUUUGUGCUACCAUCGCAAAGAAGACAGUUGGAGCUGCAAGUGAGAUCGUUUUCCUUCACUGCAAGCUCAGAGCAACCCCCCCGACAACGGAGACGAUCGUCCCUCCACGUGGCGGUGCCUCGACGAGAUACGCCACGCCAGGAAAAGAAAACCAAAAAGAUACGACAAUCGGCAUCGAAAAAAGAAGAGGCGGAUACGACCACUACUACCGGUAGCAGCAGCAGCAGACCUCGAUUCACACCCCCGGCACCUCAUGAAGACGGAGUACGAGGAUCCAAAUUCCGAAAACUCAAGGACAUGAUGUGGAUUCGAGAAACGGUAGAAGAUUUGACGGCUGCUGAAUUUGCCUGUUCCGUAGAUCAGCAGGAAAUGACGUCGUCGAGUCGGAAACGACGACGGGCCGUCGACUACGACAAAUUGUUGGCACAACUCAACAAACGGUUGCGUGAUUUGGGCUGUGGGAUUGAUGAUAAUGACAAUUCCUUGGUGGUAUGUCAGCUAGAACCUGGAAUUGGAAUGGGAACCACAGUGUAUAAUAAUGACGAACGACAAGAAUUAUUCCAAAAAAUAGUCAACACUAGAGCCCAGCUCGUUAAUGUCGUGCGAGGAUACAAGUUGACACUGGAAAAGGAGGAAGACUCGAUCGACUUGCCCUUUAUAAUCAAUCUACCUUCGAUUCAAAUCCAAAAGGAAGAAAAUGUCACUCAGGCAUCGGGACCCAAACUAUACGUGCGCGACGACGGGACGGUCGAUUGGGAUGGAGCCUUGCAGGACCGAGCGGCAUUGCAAAAAUUUGGAACGGCCGUCUGGGCUCGUAUCAAUGGACGAGAUCCUCAAACCGUCACAGACGACGAAGACGACGACACCAACGCGAGUGGCGGCCAUCAUGGACCGGAAAAGGCCGUCACGGCCAAAAUUGAAGACACACCGCAGAUUCGAGAAGCGAGAACGACGCUAACGAGUUCCGAGACGGAUCUAAGGAGUAUGGAGGUGGCGCACACCAAACUCUUGAGAACGGCUCUGAGCGAGGGACAAGCCGUUGCCAAUGUUAAUUUGGCCUCGUUGGAACCAGCAUUGAGGAGUCAGAUCCGAGAGUCGGCGGACUUGCUAGACAUGAAAAAGCAAGAAGUGGCAUACAAUACCCUGGUGUACGAAACAGAGCGUAUCUACACGUAUCUUGUGGGAGAGGUGGGAAAUCCAGCCACGCAGGGAUACGUUCCGUUGCAGGAUCGACUCAAUGUUGCAGAGUUGGGUCUAUUGGAAUCGCAGUUGGAUAGCUUUACUCGCGACAUUGAAGCUGGACUGAGCAUUGACGCCGAUGUCCUAAUGGUGGUCAGGGACCAAGUCACCGACAUGAAGCGACGUCUCGGUAUUGACUUUUACGUGACGGGAAUCACGUUUGAUGCAGAGGCCAUCCGGAUGUUCCUUGGAGAUUUGCUCCUACAAACAAAGAACGGAUUGGCGUUUUACGGUCGCGGGUGCCAAUUGUUUUGGAACGAUCUGGUGUUCUUUGGGUUCCUACUAAGCCGUGCGGCUCAGGGGUACACUUUGAAACCACGCGAGGUUCGAAACCUACGCCGAACCAUCAAGGAUUUCUUCACGUUUAUCCCCUUCAUCAUCAUUUUGCUGAUCCCACUUUCACCAAUCGGUCAUGUGCUCGUGUUCGGUGCCAUUCAAAGAUUCUUUCCAGACUUCUUCCCGAGUUGCUUCACGGAGCAGAGACAGAAUCUAUUGCAGCUCUACGAGACGGCCGAGUACUCGGAAUUCAAGAUCAACGAAAACUUUCAACAAAAAAUCUCUCGUCUCGCCCUUGCCGCAGCAUACUUUGCCGUGAACACGUCUCGGUCUCUUCUUGUUCGACUCACAACGGAAGGUACCGAGGGCGACAGCUGGUCAUCAUCUGAAACAAAUAAUGAACAAACAAACGGUUUAGAUGACAGCUCCAUGAAGAAUGGUGCUUCUUCGGAUGUCAACGGCUCAUCGAAGAAGAAACCUUCAAAGAAAUAAAUUGGUCAAUACAUACUGUAGCUAAUGUUUAACUUUCUGUAUCUACUCUGUUGCUG